ACUUAUAUCAUUUGCCGAAUUUCAAGCGUUUGAAGGUCUUCUCUGUGUACCAGAUGCUCUAUAUAAAACAGCUUUUCAACUCUUUGAUACUAAUGGAAAUGGAAUGGUUGCAUUUGACGAGUUCGCUGAGGUGAUGCGGAAAACUGUACUGCAUCAAAAAAUGCCCUUUAAUAUGGCCAGUAGCUUUAUCAAACUCUAUUUUGGAAAGGAUAAAAGUAGACUAAUCAGCUAUGCAGAGUUUAGUCAGUUUUUGCAUGAUUUUCAUGAAGAAUAUGCAACAGAAGCCUUUAAGAAAUUUGAUAAAGAUGGUGCAGGUUUCAUUUCCGCAUUAGACUUCCAAGACAUCAUGCUCAGUAUUAAGAGUCAUUUACUUACAAAAGAUGUGAGGGAUAAUCUAAUUGCUGCAGUUGGUGCCGGUCAAAGCGGAAGAAAAGUUAGUUUUCCAUACUUUAUGGCAUUCAAUUCUCUCCUAAAUAAUAUGGAACUUAUUAAACGUAUCUACUUAAAUGCAACCAAUGGUCACAGAUACCAAGAAGUUACCAAAGAGGAAUUUCUUUAUUCUGCACAAAUGAUGUCCCAGAUAACCCCAUUGGAAGUGGACAUUUUAUUUCACCUUUGCGAUUUACUUCAUCAAACUGGGAAGAUUGUAUACAAUGACCUUGUGGCUAUUACACCCGAGCAAUAUUUCAAACAGAUUACAAAGCGUGUUGCUGAGAUUAAAGCUGUAUCGAGUCCGGAUGAACGUGGUAUAAUUGUACAAAUGCUCGAAAGUGGCUAUCGAUUCGUGCUUGGUUCCGUCGGUGGAGCUGUUGGUGCUACAGCUGUAUAUCCUAUCGACUUGGUGAAGACCAGAAUGCAGAAUCAGAGGACUGGGUCAUUUAUAGGCGAGCUGAUGUACAGAAAUAGCUUUGAUUGUUGUAAAAAGGUGAUUCGGCAUGAAGGUUUUUUUGGACUCUAUCGAGGCCUGAUGCCUCAAUUAAUGGGUGUAGCUCCGGAAAAGGCUAUUAAACUCACAGUUAACGAUUUUGUCAGAGAUAAGUUUAUGGACAAAAAUGGAAAUUUACCGCUGUACGGAGAAAUUGUAUCUGGCGCCUGUGCUGGAGGAUCACAGGUUAUAUUCACCAAUCCUCUAGAGAUAGUAAAAAUUCGGCUACAAGUAGCUGGCGAGAUUGCAGGAGGAUCAAAAGUUAGAGCGUGGACCGUCGUUAAGGAAUUAGGUCUUUUUGGAUUGUACAAAGGUGCUAGAGCUUGCUUUUUGCGAGAUGUGCCAUUUAGCGCAAUUUACUUUCCUAUGUAUGCUCACACGAAAACGCGAUUGGCCGACGAAGGGGGCUACAAUACGCCGUUGUCGCUUCUUGUUUCCGGUGCCAUCGCCGGUGUACCUGCAGCAGCACUGGUAACUCCUGCGGAUGUGAUAAAAACAAGAUUACAGGUUGUAGCUAGAGAAGGUCAAACUACGUACAACGGAUUACUCGAUUGCGCAAGAAAAAUAUUCAAAGAAGAAGGUGCUAGAGCAUUCUGGAAAGGGGCGACAGCUCGAGUGUUCAGAUCAUCACCUCAAUUUGGUGUUACUCUCUUCACGUAUGAGUUGCUGCAAAGAUUGUUUGUUGUUGAUUUUGGAGGAUCACGACCUACUGGCUCGGAACAAAAGGUGCCUACUAUGGGAGUAGCAGAUGAAAUUCGAUCAACGAAUCCAGAUCAUAUAGGUGGCUACCAAGUAGCUCUACCCAUUUUUACCGGUAUAGAAACCAAGUUCGGUCUUUGCUUACCCAGAUUUCAAGCUGUUACCGGAAAGUAACAGUAUUAUUAGCAAAUGUGUAAGAAAGCAAGCUUGUAGCAAACCCUGCCAUAAAUAAUCUACGAUUACACUACGCAUUGAUUAUUUCACUGACAUUAAAGCGGAAGUAAUGUGCGUAUGAGCUUCUCAAAUUACAAAUUAUACGAAUCUGCAUUUCAUCUCAACAAUCAUCUUGGCCAUUUUGGUAUCAUGCAGAUCAACAUAAAAAAGAACGGAUCGUCGAUUGAUAUUAACUCGAUGCAUACAACAUACAUACAUAAUCGUAAAGUGUAAUUAUGGAUCGAUUAAGGAAAAGUACAAAAUCCAUCGUUGCGGAAUGCCCAAGAACGCUUGUGAUAGCUGAAUUGAUGCAGUCAAUGGACACAGGAACAAAACCAAUGGCAAUGAAACUAUUUAUUUUGAUACUAUAUAGAUAUGUUAUAUCAAAUUGAUGCUAUCUGUAUGUAAUAAUUUUAUAAUGCGAGAAAAAAAGAGAAAAUGUGUGUGUAUGUGUGUGUAUAACAUUUAUCGACGAUUUGUUAUUGCUAACUUGAAACGUUUCUGCCGAUACGCGCAUAAUAACUAAUUGAAUGUGUGAGUGAUUAACGCCAACGAAUAUGAGUGUGAUGUUUUAGUAAGGAUUAUAAUCCGCAAUGGUCCCGAUAUGUGUGUGUGUACCAUGUAUAUUUAUAAAGUUCAUAGUAACAAA